UUAUACAGAAAGAAAUCUCAAUUUGAAAAAAUAAUAAUAUCCAUCUAUGUUUACAGUAAAAACUACAUUUCUCAAUUUAGGAAGAAUAUCAUAAAUUUUUUUCAACAAAAAAAAAUCUUAAAUAGAUUUUCAUCUAUUUUUUGAAUUCUUCUAUUUUUUAAAGAUAAAAUUGGAGAUUUUCUAAGUAUAUACUAUAUACUAGUCCAAUAUCUUUGACUUAAUUUCUUUUUAAUUUUGUUUUACAAUUACCCCCAGUAAGAAAACAAAUCUACCAAUUUUCAGUGGUUACCAUUCUUAGCGGUAAAUUGGAUAAGUAAAUAAAAGAUGAGGGACCUAUCUGUAAUUAUUUUGCCACUCCCCACGGCUGUUACCUCACCGCUUUGCUCCUUUAACAAACUCUCCAGCUCCAUGAUCGCGCCGCGUCAGGCGUUUACGCGGAAGCAGGAGUACGAGAGCCUCAGGGAGGAAGAAGAUAGAGCCUGGAGUAAGCUUCGGAGGCCGGUGGUAAUGUCGACGGCGGCUUUAAUUUGCGUUGUCAUCUUCACUUGCACGAUCGUCAGCUUGAGAAUUGUGUUUCCGUCGAAUGUUCUGAGCAGGCCGUUCUGCGGAGAGGGAAAGGUGCAGAGUUUGAAUGUAUAUGGAAAUGGUUUUGACUUGACGGAUCAGGAGACUGUGGAUUUUUACUGGGUGGUUGUUUUUCUUCCGUCGAUGAUGCUCUUCCUUGUGUCAUCUGUUUAUCUUGUAGCAGGAAUGUUUGUGGCUUAUUCCGCUCCUCGCCGUCAUGAGUUUCUAAAAGUCGUUGAAAAUAACUACUGUGCUUCUAAAAGAGGUGGGGUUCGUUGCCUGUCAAUUCUGAAUGUUGUGUUUGCUAUCAUCUACUGUCUACUCGCUAUAUUUCUCGGCUCAAGCCUCCUGAUACAGGAGAGCAGCUGUUCUGUGCCAUUGUUUUGGUGCUACGAGAUAUCUUCAUGGUGUUUGGUAAUCUUGUUCGCUGGAACUGCCUUCUUCCUUAGAAGAAGAGCCGCUUUGAGUAUUGACGAAGGAGAGUUUGAGAACAGAAGCCAUCAGGGACUGGAGAUGCUUGAAGCUAAUCAUCCUUUUGAGUUCACACCAGAUGUUGAAAGAAGAGUGAACGAGGGGUUUAAAGCAUGGAUGGGUCCAUCUUUGCUAUCAUCUGAUGACGAAGACGAAGACGAACCCGAGUUUUACAAUAAGGUGCCCAAUGUAACAGCUUAUACUCUUUCAAGCAGGCAAAGAUCUUGAUUCUUGAAAAGUAGAAUUUGGUAUAUGAUGGUAACAAAGACACAUAGUUUACUUCUAGAGAUGGUUGCUUUAGAGAUUGAUCUCCACAAAUUGUUGUCUCUAAUUAGAUAAGUGAUAGGGCCAGAGAUUUUCCUUUCUCUGAUAACAGCGUACUAGAAUCCGAGUUAUAUAAUAAUUGCAAAUCCCAAUAUUUUUAGCCA